UACAGAUGAGGAUGGAGACUAUACAAGCGGCCUUGCCUUCAACUAUUAUCCCGAGUGGACGUUAAAGGACGCGAACGUUGACACAAGUGACCCCCCCCCCUCCCCGCCUUUUAAAAGCUCGAGAGGUGGAGGAGAGAAGAACCGUGCGACGAGAUGCUCCGAGGCGGCGAUAAGCGAGGGAGCGGUGGGCUGUGGCGCUCCGGACACGGGGUACCACCGACCACCGUGGAGGCUCUUUAGGGGAAGACAUCCACCGGGUAAACGUCAACGAAAUCAACCCAAAUCCGAUCAUCGGGGUGGACUGGGAGUGCUGGGAUACCUUCGGACCGGGUGGAGCCGAGCGAUCGUGAAUAAAAGAUGAGGCACCCAGCUCCGGAGCCUCUCAUCGGGUUGGUGUUUAUGCAUAUACGCCGCUGAGGAUCCACCACUCGCACCCCCAUGACACGGGCCGUGUCGUAUCCGCGCAGGAGAUGCUGUGUGCGGCCACGCGUGUGAGCGGCGCCCUCGGUCGAGCAGGCUCUCCAUACCGUCUUCAUGUUGAUGCAAUCUGGCCGUCACGGUGAUGCAAGCGGGCCGCCUGUGGACACAACAAGCAGGCCUUAGUGGAACACGGUGGAGAUCACCACCGAGUGAUGCUGCGUGGAGCUCUCCAAAGGAUUUAAGUGAAGUUUCAAGCAACAACACAAAGUAGCCAACAUGUCCAAAGUGGUCAGCAACAAAGAGAAGAAAUCCUUCAGCAAGAAGCUCUUUCGGAGAAGUUCUGUCCGCUCCGUGGGCAGUUUCAUGAACAGAGUUCUCCGGACUCUUUCCACUUUGUCUCAUUUCAGUACUGACGAGCAGGUUGCCCACGACGACAAGGACGACGCUGCUUUGAUCCCGACCACCACCGGGGGUUCGGUCCCGUCCGACGACAGCGACUGUGGGGGGUUCCCUUUUGGCGACAAGGUGCCCGGCGUGGCCGGGCUGAAGAAUCACGGCAACACCUGCUUCAUGAACGCCAUCCUACAGUGCCUGAGCAACACCGAACUCUUCGCAGAGUACCUGGCCUUGGAGCAAUUCCGGGGAGGGGGAGGAAGCGGAGGAGGAGAGGCCGGCAGUGGGACCGACACUAAGGCCAGUAAGUCCAACGGGGUUCUGGUGCAGAAGAAGAGCAGCCAGCAGCAACAACAGGAAGGGUCCGGCGAGGUCACUGAGCAGCUGUCCGGCCUGGUUCGGGCUCUCUGGACCUUUGAGUACACACCUCAACACAGCAGAGACUUCAAGAACGUGGUGUCAAAGAGCGCUCUUCAGUUCAAGGGGAAUUCUCAGCAUGACGCCCAGGAGUUCCUCCUGUGGUUGCUGGAUCGUGUUCACGAGGACCUCAACAACAUCAUCCACCCCAAUGUGAGACCCCCCAGGACGCCUCCAGUAGAAAAUGAGAACGCUCCUGAAGGAUCCCCAUUGCCAGCGCCUGGAUCUUUUGUGCAGGAGCUUUUCCAGGCGCAAUACAGAUCCUCCCUGACGUGUCCUCACUGCCAGAAACAGAGCAACACGUUUGAUCCCUUCCUCUGCAUCUCACUGCCAAUCCCAGUACCACAUACACGGCCCUUGUACGUGACAGUGGUGUACCAGGGCAAGUGCUCCCACUGUAUGAGGGUGGGUGUGGCCGUGCCUCUGUCUGGUACCGUGUCCAGGCUCAGACAAGCUGUCGCCCAGGAGACCAAAAUCCCUGCUCAGCAGAUCGUCCUCACGGAGAUGUACUACGACGGCUUCCAUCGCUCCUUCUGUGACGACGACGAUGACCUCGAGAUCAUUCAGGAGAGUGACUCCAUCUUUGCGUUCGAGACACCUGAGCUCUUCAGACCCGAACAGAUCCGCUCGAAGAGAGGCGGGAGUCCGCAUGCCAACCUCAACCAGAACAACUUGAAGUACGGUACAGACAACAAUCGAAUAUCCACCCAAAUCCAAGAGCCGACUACUCCGCCUCCUAGUCCCAAUAUGAACAGCGGGCAGGACGAGAAGGUGGUCUUGCUGGUGUGCAACCGAGCCUGUGCUGGCCAACAAGGACGAAGGUUUGGGAAUCCUUUUAUACUUUACUUGGAGCGUACAGUCACAUGGGAUGUACUCCAGAAGGAAAUUCUGGAAAAGAUGCGGCACCUUUUGCGUCCUGGAGCCGUUGUCCAGGUGGGGCCCUUCACUUUACGUGUGGUAGGUGUCGUUGGGAUCACAUAUCUCCUUCCUCAGGAGGAGCAACCACUCUGUCAUCCAUCUGUGGAGAGAGCGUACAAGUCUUGUGGUCCUGGUGGGCCACCUCAUGUCAAAAUUGUUGUUGAAUGGGACAAGGAAACAAAAGACUAUCUUUUCAAAAGAACGGAAGAUGAAUAUAUCCCGGAUGCUGAAAGUGUCCGUCAAGUGAAGGAGCAACACCUCCAGCCUCAGAGCUGUUCACUUGCUCAGUGCUUUCAACUCUACACCAAAGAGGAACAGCUUGCUCCCGAUGACGCCUGGCGGUGCCCACACUGCAAGCAGCUCCAGCAGGGCAGCAUCAAGCUUAGCCUAUGGACCCUGCCUGACAUCCUCAUACUGCACCUCAAACGCUUUAGACAGGAUGGGGAUCGGCGCAUGAAAAUGCAAAACAUGGUGAAGUUCCCCCUAACCGGCAUGGACAUGGCGCCUCACAUGGUCAAAAGGAGCCAGAGCAGCUGGAGCUUACCCUCUCACUGGUCGCCGUGGAGACGGCCUUACGGGAUGGGCCGUGACCCCGAGGACUACCUUUACGAUCUGUACGCUGUGUGCAACCAUCACGGGACGAUGCAGGGAGGACAUUACACAGCUCAGUGUAAGAACUCCAUUGACGGACAGUGGUACUGCUUUGACGACAGCGACGUUCAUCCAGUGUCAGAAGACGAGGUGUGCAAGCAGACGGCUUACAUCUUGUUCUAUCAGAGACGUGCCACCAUCCCAUCUUGGUCUGCCAACAGUUCUGUGGGAGGAUCCACAAGUUCUUCCCUGUGUGAGCACUGGAUCAGUCGCCUGAUGGGUAGCCGCCCACCAAGCCAAGCCUCUUCGGGUUCCUCCAGACGAACCUCACUGGCGUCCCUUUCAGAGUCAGCUGAGUUUGCCGGGGAACGGAGCGAGGAUGAUGCCUUAUCGAGCCGCCCUGCGGUCAGAGGCAUGCAGAGGCAGACUUUCUCCUCAAGGACUUCCAUCGCUAGUCCGCUGGUGCUCAGUGAGAAUGGCCAGAAACCAUCCUGGUCUCACUCUGCUAAGCUGCAACUUCGGUCCAACUCCCCGUCGCGCUUCUCUCUGGAGUCCCACUCCUCAUCGCCGACACUGGAAAUGAUCGGAGAGGUGGUUGAUACCAAGUUGGCCGCCUCUUCUUUUAGUGGCUCCCCUAAGCUUGGAGGCAAGUCUGCGUUGGAUCAUAAUCCCGGCAGUAAGAGGCUGAUUGAGCAGCUCCACUCCAAAGCUGUGUCCCAAGCAGAGACCAGGCUCUCCAUCCCAACAGGGGACAACAACAACCAAGUCAGCGGCGUUGAACAAGUCAGUCCUCGACAUGGAGCUACUGCGAAGGAACUGAAGCAGAGAAACGUGCCUGCGGAUAGUUCAGGUGUCAAACGAACCUCAGUAAAGACCAGCUUGGAAAGCGAAAGGAGCCCCAAGAAGCGUCCUGCUGCCUCCUCGACGUCCUCCAGCUCUCUGUCUCCUGCGUCCCCAGCCGUUGAUAAGUCCCCAGCUCGAGCACAGACUAAAGGUGCUGCAAACAAUCCGAAAGACAAGAGCGACGGAACCCCGAAGACCAGUAAGACUGGUUCCUCCAGAACAGCAACACCCUCCAAGAAAUCAUCCCAGACACAGGAGGGGUUACAUCCUGAAUCGGCGAGGAAGGGCAGUUCUCCUGGAAGUUCACACCCUCAGAGGAGGACCACUCCCAAAGGCAGCGGUGAUAAAGUCUCAGCCUCAGGAAGGACUAAAGGAGCAGACAGGAGUACCAGCCGGGAUUCACGGACCACCGCGGCGUCUGAGAAGAAGGUUAACGGUGGAGGUCCUCCAUGUAGGUCGGGUAUUGGGAGUAGAGUCGAUGGUAGGCCAAGUCGCGCUGUGGAAAACAGGAUGGUUGCACGUAGUUCUAGCAGCAGCUCCUCCAUGACGAGUCUGCGAUCCUCCAGUGUUGUCGUUCCCUCUACCGCCCCGGCGUCAAGAGCACCUCGAAGGAACAGUAAGACCGAGGACAAAGCCUUGUCCUUCUUCAAAACCGCCCUCAGGCCCAAAGACGCUCGUAAAUCAGUGGACGGGGGCACGCCUGAGGAUGGCGGCGGUGGGGAUCCAUUGAAAGAAGGCGUGACGAAAAAACCCCAGAACGCCACCUCCGAGGUCACCACAGCCAAGGACUCAAAGGUUUCCUCUGCAGCUAAACAUUCACUGCUGCCGUCUGCGAAAUCCAAACUGUCAGAAACCACCAACCAGGCUUCCUCUGCGAAAGACCCCGCCAAGAAAGAACCUGCCAAAAAGACCAUGCAGUCCAGGAAAAUCCCAAUCAACUCCACACAAUCCAGCCAGAGGUCCAAAUGAAAUCCAUGUGAGGGUCUCGCUCUUACUUUCUCGUGCAGCUCCUUUCAGCGGUUACUGGUUACCAGCUGCCAUACUGGAACACUUCCUGUCCACUUUGUUGUAUACGUAUUUAGGAAUGGUUUUACCAAAGCACUUUGUAUGGAUUGCAUUGAUUUACAGGAACUACUCUGUGUUGUAAAUACGCAUGGGUUGCUCAUGUAUCGGAAUGAUUGCCUUGUUGUGUCCGUAGCUUAGCCGCAGGGAGUCUGUGGGGUGAAGCUUCGUUUCCGCCAGGCGGUACGUUUCGGUAUGUGGAUCGGCAUGGGCAACAUUUUUUUAACGACAUUCUCUGUUGUGUUGACGUCAUGAGCAGAAGCGAAGGUCUUUGUGCAGAAAUGAGACACGAUCAGUGGUGCCUCGAAGACUCCAUGGCCGCCAUUAAUUAACACUUGAUUAAUGCUCGGGUAUUAAUUUACCCAAACCACAACAGGAAUUUGAAUGUGUGUAACAGAACCAAUGUUGGAAUAGCUGCUCAAUGAGCAUUAAUAGUGCUGUUGAGUUAACUAACUUGCACUGAUUUGCAAUAUUUUAAAGCGCAUGCAGAGAUUGAUAAAGCCGCUGGAUGCUGACAAAUUAGUAGUGGUUGCCUACAGCCACAGCUGCCAAUGUUUUUCAACUAAAUUGAGACGCCAAUGGUUACCAAUAAGAGACUCGGUAUUUAUGGUGGGCGGAGCUGGACACACUGUUGCCCAUUGUUUGGAAACGUCUGGCGGAAAUGUGGAUUUUUUUUUUGAGUGACAACGGAGAAAUUAACUGCAAAGUCACCAAAGGGAGUUCAACGGCAGUUUUGUUUUUAAAACUUACUUCCCGAAAUCCCUUUUUGCUCUCCUUUCAAGACGGGGAGACAUAACGUGUCUAACGUGUCAACAUCAGUGCCUCAGAUAAUCAUAGUAUUUAUUGGAUAUUGUAUAACUGCAGGUAACAGUUUAUAAGUAGAACAUUUAUUAUCAUAAGCACUGAAAAUGUCAUUUGAAGUCACACCUAUGUAACCUUAAUCACUGUUUACACACACUUGAUGUAGUUCUUGUGCAACAGACAGGCGGCUGGAUGGCAAGCAUGUAUCAGUGGCGUUAAUGGACAUCACGUAUGCGUUUAUUUACUUGUAAUAACAAUGUUUUAAAUCCUCAACAUUUACUUCCGGCGCUCUCCGACUGCCACAACGUCUCAAACAUUCCUCUUAAAUAGAACACAGGGUGUACAAAGGUCACACACACAUUUAACACAGUUGAGCACACACCAGCCACAAUAAUAGGUACACCUGCGCAGCCAAUGAAAUGGGUACAAAUGCUGCAAAAGUAAUAUUGUUUUUGCGGUUUCAUUAUAAAGUAUUAUGAAUAUAUUCUGAAAUGAUUACCUCGCUGACAACUUAUUAUCUUUGUAUAAAUAGUUGAUAUUCUGCAGGUGUACCUAUUGAAGUGGCCCAUGAGUCGGCAUGUACAUAGUGUGUUUGAGGCAACUCAUUAUCGCCGCUUCCUGCUCACGCAGCAUCACGGUCCAUGUGGGAAAAAAAAGAAAAAAAAAAGAAGAAGAUGUUGCAUGAUGACUUGCUUAUGCAUGCACUCAACUAUGCAAGCAAACUCUUGCUAACGGCCACCACCGCUGACUACGUUGAAAGCUCUUGGAUGUGUACAUAGUAUUUCUUAGUGUUCUAUUUUUACAACAAACAAAAAAAAAGCCAGCAUCAGAGAGCAUGUGGAUGGCAUUUCUUUAUCGACGCUUUGUUUGCACAACUUCAAAACUAAUAUAUGAAAUUUUGUAUGAAUGUUAGCAACUGCUCAUUUACUCCAAAGUAAAGGUCAUCUCACUUGAAAAUGAAGGA